AAAUAAAUUCAUAAAUUAAAAACACUCUUUUAACACAAAAUUAAUAAAAGUCAUCUAAUCUCUUAAUCACUAUCCUUAUACUUUAUCCACAUCACAUUUUUCAGCAUUGCCCCAGCCACGCCUCCAAUCUAUUCUCCAUUUCGAAAACCCUAGUCCUCCUCCUCCCUACCAUUUCUCCUCCACCCCGGCGCCUCUCUGACCGGCGACCGCCCCCACCCCGGCGUUUCCUCCGCGCCGCUUCUCCCCUCCAGCACGAGCAGACGCUGCAGACCAGCACGAGCCACGAGCAGACCCGCCGCCCGCGUCUCCUCCAGCACGAGCCAGAGCCACGCGCAGACCGGCUUGGACCGCCGCUGAGUCGCUGACGCAGACCUCUCCCCGCCACCCUUCUUCCUCCUCCGACUUGUUGGUCUGAUUUGUUUUUCGAUUUUUUGCUGUUUGAUAAAUCGAUUUUGUUUUUACAUUAUUCUACAAGGGCAUCUCUGCAAAAUUAUUACUUUUGCCUUGUUUUAUUACUCCUAUUUUCUUUACAAAACUCAACCCACGAAUCUUCUCGAAUCCUCUAUUUAGAGACAAUAUAAUUCUAGUCAAAUAAUGAAUUCACGAAAAAAUCCAGCAAAAUUUGGUGGAAAAAAUGCUUUCUUUUCCUUAUACAGAGAUUUCGGAUUUGGCUUGAAAAUUUCUUAUGUGACAGUUAGCUAUCCUAUUUGUACUGUAUUUUCGAAUCUUAAUGUUAUAGAUGAAGUUUGAAGCUUAUUUUUAGCAGAGUGCUUUCUUCUUGCUUAAUAAUUGAUCGCCUUGGUUGAGUUGUUGAGCAGCUAAUGUAAUGAAGAAAUUUCACAAAUUGAAGAGGUUGCAGUUGUGAUUUCGAUGGAGUUGAGUCUUUAGCCAUGAAAAUUAUGUCAAGAUUCAAAUGUUACAGCAUCACCUUGCGGACUACUCCCAUAGCUCCUCAGCUUCCGAGGUUCUAUUCUGUGGAGGUAUCUGAGUCGAGGGCUAGGCCCAGGGCGUCGUCAAGUAAUCACCAAGAUAUAGUCAAUGGGUUCUCCGCGUAUUGCUAUCAAAAGGACCUUCCCAAUGCAAUGAAAGCAUUGGACUCUAUGCAUAAACACAAGCUAUGGGCAGACUCAGUCACUUACGCGGAGCUCAUUAAGUGCUGCAUAGCCCGUGGAGCCGUUAAACAAGGAAAGGAAGUCCACCACCAUGUUUUCUCAAAUGGCUACGAGCCCAAGACUUUCCUUAUCAACAUACUUGUUAACAUGUAUGUGAAAUUCAAUUUGCUGGAUGAAGCUCAGUUAUUGUUUGAGCGGAUGCUGGAGAGGAAUGUCGUCUCAUGGACUACUAUGAUUGCUGCGUACUCUAAUUCCGAGCACAAGUGUAGGGCCUUGCGGAUGCUGAUUAUGAUGCUUAGAGAUGGUGUUAGACCGAACAUGUACACGUAUUCUUCAGUUCUGAGAGCCUCUGAGGAGAUUUCUACCCUCAAACAGCUUCACUGUUGCAUAAUCAAGGUGGGUUUGGAGUUGGAUGUUUUCGUCAGAAGUGCUUUGAUCGAUGUUUACUGCAAAUGGGGUGAACCAAAAGCAGCUCUUUACAUAUUCGAUGCGAUGGGAACUUCGGAUAUAGUGGUGUGGAACUCCAUCAUUGGUGGGUUCUCCCAGAACAGUGAUGGAGAUGAAGCCCUCAAUCUCUUCAUCAGAAUGAAGAGAUCUGGCUUCUGGGCCGAUCAGUCGACUCUAACAAGUGUUCUGCGUGGUUGCACUAGUUUAGCGCUGUUGGAGUUGGGGCGACAAGUCCAUGUUCACAUCAUCAAGUUUGAUCGAGACUUGGUCCUUAACAAUGCCCUUCUAGACAUGUAUUGCAAGUGUGGUAGUUUGAAAGAUGCCAACGCCAUCUUCACUCGAAUGGUUGUAAAAGACGUGAUCUCUUGGAGCACCAUGGUGAUAGGGUUUGCCCAAAACGGUUACAGCCGGAAAGCUAUAGAUUUAUUCGAGGCGAUGAGAGCUACGGGGAUGAAACCGAAUCACAUCACAAUUUUGGGGGUUCUGUUUGCCUGCAGCCAUGCUGGACUAGUGGAAGACGGGCAGUAUUACUUUGAGUCGAUGAAGAUGGACUUCGGAGUUGAUCCGGGAAGGGAGCACUACGGCUGCAUGAUUGAUCUCCUUGGAAGAGCAGGGAAGCUCGAGGAAGCUACAAAGCUAAUUCAUGAAAUGAAAUGUGAACCAGAUGCAGUCACAUGGAGAACCCUGCUCGGUGCGUGUAGGGUUCACUGUGAUAUGGAUCUAGCUGAGUAUGCUGCCAAAAAGGUCUUGAGCUUGGAUCCUCGUGAUGCAGGAACGUACACGCUUCUAUCUAAUAUCUACGCCAACAGCCAAAGAUGGGACGUGGCUGCGAAGUUGAGGAGACUCAUGAGGGAUAGAGGGAUCAAGAAAGAACUGGGAUGCAGUUGGAUCGAGAUAGAUAAGCAAGUUCAUGCUUUCUUGUUGGGCGACGAAGCUCAUCCGCAGAUCAAUGCUAUUCAUCAAGAGCUGAGCCGUGUGAUUCGGAGAUUAAAGGAGGAGGGUUACGUGCCAGACACGAAUUUUGUGUAUCAAGAUCUUGAAGGAGAACAGAUGGAAAACUCUCUUGUAUACCACAGUGAGAAGCUGGCGAUUGCUUUCGGUAUUAUGAGGCUGCCUAAAGGGAAGACAGUAAGAAUCAGAAAAAAUCUGAGGAUAUGUGGCGACUGCCAUGUUUUCGCAAAGCUUUUGGCGAAAAUGGAGGAGAGAAGCAUCAUCAUCCGGGAUCCUAUUCGUUACCAUCAUUUUCACGACGGAGCUUGCUCUUGCGGUGACUACUGGUAGCGUGAAACGAACACGCUCACAGAGCUGAUUUGCAGCCAUAUAUGACCUUCUUCAACUCAGUUGAAGUAUGCUACUCAGAUUAUACUCUCUGGUAUAGGAGGACGCGAUACUGCAAAAUCUGCUUGCCGUGUGCAGCCCUUUGCUCGAAUCGCGAUUACGGAUUACUUGCUGGUGAGAUUAUGCUCAAUGAGUUUGAAGAUGGAUGGUUACAGGCUUCAUUUCUUUGGUGGUAUCAAAUCUAUGGAGAAAAAUUCCAACUUAUACUCCCUCUGUCUCGCGAAGCUUGAGUAAUAUCUUUUCGGCUCGAGCUUUAAAAAGUUAGUAUUUUAUGUGUCAAGUGUAGUAGGUGAUAAAGUGAAAAGGUGAAUGAAGAGAAAUUUUUUUGCCAUAUAAGAAAAGUGAUAAAGCUUCGAGCGACAACCCAAAAAUGAACACUGCUCAAGCUUCUAGGGACGGAGGGAAUAUUUCACAGCUGCAGAAAGCACCAUCAUUCUCUCUUUGUUAAAUGUAGUUAAUCUUUUUUUGACAUAUGAAAUGUUUGCAAUACUUUUUGGGAA